CUUCAGUCUCUCAAUAAUGGCUGUCUUGCUCCAAACACAUUACCCUUCAUCUCUGCAUUCACCGCGUUACCGUUAUAUCUGCCGAAACCCUAACCGUUACCGUUACUUUCCUAAAUUCCCCGCGACAACCACCAAAUUCCUAGUGCGAUACAAUGCCACAGUUGAAUUCUCCGGUGACCGGAAUCUGUCACACCGUUCGCAAGCAUCACCGACCACCUCCGUCGCCGACCAUCAGGCAUGUUCAGAAAUGGCGCCUCUCAAGUUGCCUCAGGCUUUUGUGCACCUCGCUUUCUCUGCGGUGCUGUUUCUUUGCUUUGGUGUUCGCGCGUGUUCGGCCUCUUCGCCGGCUCUAACAGCCGGUCCUUCCUCGGUUCAGGAGGAGCAAACUAUUCAAGAUGAUCAUGAUGGGAGAAAACAUGAUAAAAAGGAAAAUGUAGUAGAUAAGGAAUUAGAAGCAGCUUUUAAUACUUGGAAGUCUAAAACAUACGCACUGACUGUUCCUUUGAAAGUUGUUGCUUUACGUGGUUCUAUGCCUCCUUCAUGGAUCAAGGACUUCAUAAAUUCUCAGGGGAGGAGAAUGAAGUUUAACGUGAAGUAUUAUGCAGAUCUUGAGAGUAUCUUUUCUGACCUAUCGAUUCCCUUUACUAAAGGAAAUCUUGGGCCAGCAUCUGCUUUGGCUGCAGAUAUUGUUGGUAUUGGCGAUUCAUGGCUCAAAUUUGCCAUUACCAAAGCUAUAAUCGAGCCAAUACGAGAUGUAGAUCAGGAAUGGUUUAAAGGCUUAGAUGAGAAAUGGAAGGUAUACCUACGCAGGAACUGUGAGGGAGAAAUAGAUCCUAAUGGUGAGAUAUGGGCUGCUCCAUAUCGAUGGGGCUGCAUGGUAAUAGCAUACAAGACAAAUAAAUUUCAGAAGCACAAGUUGGCUCCUAUAGAGGACUGGGCAGAUCUGUGGCGAUCUGAUCUUGCAGGGAGAAUUUCAAUGGUUGAUUCUCCUAGAGAAGUUGUUGGUGCAGUUUUGAAAUAUAUGGGGGCUUCCUACAAUACAAAUGACAUCAAUUUGGAAGUUGAUGGUGGGAGAGAUGCUGUUAAACUUAAUUUGGAUUUGCUUGCGAAACAGGUUCGACUCUUUGAUAGUGUAAACUAUCUUAAAUCUUUUGGUGCUGGAGAUGUGUGGGUAGCUGUUGGAUGGAGUAGCGAUGUCAUUCCUGUUGCUAAACGCAUGUCUAAUGUUGCAGUUAUUGUUCCAAAGUCUGGAGCGAGUUUAUGGGCAGAUCUUUGGGCAAUUCCUGCUGCCUCUAGGAUUCAAACAAAUCGGAUUGGUGGGCGUGUAAGGGGAGCAUCCCCAUUAAUCCAUCAGUGGAUAGAGUUUUGUCUGCAAUCUGCUAGAGCACUGCCCUUCAAGCAAGAGGUGAUCCCAGGUGCCUCUCCCUCUCUUCUUCAAGGUCAUUCAGCCAAUGUGCCCGUGGAGUUAACCAAGGGUAGGCCAAAGUUAAAUACCAAUCUUGUUGAGGGAGCACCACCACCAGAAAUUGUAGAAAGGUGUGAGUUUCUGGAGCCAUUAUCUAAUUCCACACUUUCAGAUUACCGCUUGUUGCUUGCCUCUAUCCAGGAACCUGGCCAUGGAUUGAUACACAAAAUGCAUCAGUAUAUUUCAUCGAUGGUUAAAUUUUCUGGGUGGUUUAAGUCGAAACUGACUUGAAUAUAGAGUUAAUGGGCUGUGGAAAUACCUAUCAAGAAUCUGUGUUUUAAAUGUUUAGAAUGACCAGAAAGCUUCUAAAGUUUACUGAUGUAGAGUAACUCGUUGAGGUCUGUUUUCAAGACUACCUGGUUAAGAGGCUGUCGUCAAGCGGCAAUAAUGCUAGAGCUGCACGAGUUCACUACUAAUUCUGGCCUCUAUAUGGUUGAGAGCAACAUCAAAAAUUUCUGUAACAUUCAGCUGAAAAAAGUGAUUUAUGUAUAAGCAUAUCAAGAAUCUUCCUUGUUUAGGAGUACCUGAUCCGGUUGCAUUUUUAAUAGUAGAAACUGAUGCCUUUGAUAAAGGAUA